AUGACCUGUUCGCCCCACGGAUUGACCUUAUCUAAACGACGCCUCGUCCGCCGAAUGCAAAUGCAUCUAGAAGUUCCAAAUCGCCAAGACGAACGAGUUGGCAGAAAUCGGGGGUCGUGGGGUUGUCCUUGGCAUUGGGUCUUCUUGCGGGCGCUGGUUAUGUCACGGUAA